AAAAGAACUGCAGUGCGUUCAAAACAACAACAAUAACAAAAAAGAUGCGCAUUUAGACACCGGUUUCUUCUGUAUAAGGGGAGAGCGAGCGAGAGAGGAAAGAGAGAGAGAGGAAGUGCGGAGUGAGUUGCUCGAGCAAGGGAGCGUGUUCAGUCUUCACCUCCCACAUGUAACGUGGCAGCCAGGGAUGGCAAAGCUCCUCAACAAGUGAAGCGUGCUGCCUUCAGUUCCCCCGAACGGUCGCGCCAUGGUCGCGGUGAGCGCGGAGAGCCCCGUGGAUCAGUACCGGACGCUGGCGUACGACACCGCGCUCAGCACUUUGCUCGCUGUGCUGGUGUACGUGGUGGUGAAGGUGAGUCUGGACGGGAUCCGCCAGUGGCGGGCUCGGAUCUCGGUUCUGAUCGUGGGCUCGGGUCCGAUCGGUCUGACCGCGGCUCUGGUCGCUGUCCGCUCCGGUAAAGUGCUGAAACUGACGCUCCUGGACGAGCGCUACCGGAGCGCGCUGCUCUGCAGACCGCAGCAGAUCGCGCUGGACCCCCGAAGCGUCCGCUUCCUUCUGGACCUGGGGGUGGAUUUUGACAACAUGGAAGGCUGCUGGCACAACGAACACUUCUUCACCAAAAUCGGAGUGUUUCAGGAGUAUUUGCUGAGCAUCCUGGAGCAGAAGAAGCAAAAGGUUGACGUGAAAGUCCAUUUGGGUACAAAGUUCAGCGAGGAGUACCUGAGGAAGAUGCCGAGGGGUGAAUGGCCGCGGGUGAUUGUGGUUGCUGACGGUUCGUGUGGAGACUCCUGCUCGGUGCUGGGCAUCAGCGCUGAUUACAUCGUAGAAUCAUGUCGCGCUUACGGUGCCAAUGCAACUAUAGAAAGACUGGAUCAGAGACAGGUUCCCACGCCCGAGAUCCGAGCACACAGUUUGUAUUUCGAUCUGUCGGCGUACGGGAUCGACACCACGAGGGAAUCACGCGGCUCCUCUCAGCCCGCGGCGAAGCCCGGCUUUCAUCUGAAGAUCUACGGAACCUUCCGGAACCGCUACAUGGCUCUGGCCUGCACUUCAGACGCGGACUCCAAAAUGAUGCACUUCCUGCGCCACACAGCCAACUCUUCAAUCAUGAAGAACAUCUUCCACCAGUCGUUCAACGCGUACAAGACGGACAUCGAGCCUCGCCUGAGUGAAGUCACGCUGCACCACAUGCAGUGCAGCCGCAAGCUGUUCGAGAUCAUGCUGUCCUACAGACGAGUCAGCGCCGCGUACAUCGAGGGAGACCACGUGGCCGUGACCGUGGAGGGGGAAGCCGCUCGAGUGCUCAACUUCGACACCGGUUGUGGUGUGAACCUGGGCAUGAGAGGUCUGGAGUCGCUGGGACUGUUCAUCUACAGAACGGCCACGGCGCUGGACCAGAACGACGUGUUCGAGGCGCUCUCGGCCAAAAUACAGCACUCCAGACACGUGGCGGAGACUUUCAGGAAGAGCGGCCUGGCCUCGGCUGUGUUCCAGUGACCCUGAGCGUGUGUGUGUAAGUGCAUGUGUGAGAGUGUGUGUGUGAGUGAGAGUGUGAGUCUAUGUGUGUGUGUGUGUGUGAGAGAGUGUGUGUGUGUUCAGCGCACAUUACAGUGAGCAAAGUUUGUGUAAUACUGUUUCAUUAUUGGCGUAUUGUGAUGAUAAAUCGCGCAUCGUGUUUUUGAGUGGAUCAAACAUGUUGACAAAAAUGGCCGCGAAUCCUACUGAAGAUUCAGUGACGCAUAUAAACCACUUCUUCAGAUGAUAAAAUAUGUCACUAUGAAAUAAAUACUAGCAAAAAUCUCUAGGCAUGAAGCGCCUGGCAAGGAUUGCAUUCAUGUUACAUACAGAAAUAAAGACGUCUAUUUAUUUUGUGAUAUUUGUUAAUAAAGUUAAGCGUUCGCCUUCUA